UAUAAUCGGGAUCGGAAUGAUAAAAAUUCCGAACGAUGUAAAGAUCAAAAAAGAAAUUUAUUAAUCGUAAAAGUCGGUAAAAUCAUUUGAAACUUGUACCUCCAGUUUAAUAUAUUGUUGCUAGAGAGCAGUAUUUAAUGGCUUCUUCAUCGAAAAAGCGAACGGACGAAAAACCAGCCAAUGGAUUUUUAAAUGCCUCAACACUUUCGAAAGCAAUGGCAUCUGGGUCCACGUGGGAAGAUAAAGAUGAAUUUUUAGAUGUCAUAUACUGGAUGCGACAAGUAUUUGGUCUUGUCCAAGGCUUGAUAUGGGGACUUCUUCCACUGAAAGGAUUUUUUGGAUUAUUGUUGUUUUUUGUCUUCAACGUGGGAAUUGUGUACCUUUACUACAAUAUGUUUCAAAAAAUUGAUGAUGAAGAAUAUGGAGGAGCUACAGAAAUUUUAAAAGAAGGACUAAUGACAUCAUUUGCAGCUUUUCUGGUAACUUGGAUAAUAAUCUACUCAUCAUUACAUACCAGUUCAUAGCAUUGACUUAGAGAUGCCAGAAGCAAUCAUACCUAUACACAGAUUCAUUUCUCAUUCACUACAGCAAGGAGCAUAAACCACUGAGGUGCCAUGGAUAAAACUAAAGAAAUUCUGUGGCAUUUAACACACAAUGAGAUAUAUGUUGUUAUAUUUGUGUGAAAUUUUCCAACAGAACGGAUUAUUGUCAUUUGUGAAGUGAUACAUAUGAUCUUUUUGGAUGAGUUUGGUUUUUUUUUUUAACUUUCUUGAAGAACGCCGGUUGUAUUCGUCAAAAGCAUAAACAUAAAAUGUUCACACAUAUGUAUGGUAAAUAUUACUCAGUUUUUAUAUGGUAUUUAUGAAAUAUUGAAGUACAAUUAAAUGAAAGUAAUUAUAUACA